AUGGACGAUCAUACCACCAUGUUUGGAUCCAUCAAAGAAAACAACCUUGAUUUCGGUAGUCCAAAUCUGUCUUCUUCAACCCUUUUGGAUUAUUCACCUUCUUACUUUACUUCCACAGACGUAUUCAUGGGAUGUUUUGAUCCAAUCGUUUCCCCUGAAGAAACAGAUAUGAACCCUCUUGAUGAUUAUCAAGAAGUUUUUGAUAAUCGAUUGAUUCAAGCCUUUGAAAAUCUGUACCAAGGUUGCGAAGUGUUCACAGACCUUCUUGUUCAACUAUGGCUUCCAGUAAUUAGACAUGGCAAACUAGUCCUAACCACAGUGAACAAAUCAUUCAUAAUUACCUCAUCUGAUAACACAAACCUCUUAAAUUAUCGAGAGGUUUCCAAGAACUACCAAUUUGCUGUUGAGUAUGAUGCUACUGAGAUGAUCGGUUUCCCUAGCCAUGUUUUCAUGAAUAAGUUUCCCACAUGCACACCAGAUCUUCGAGUUGUUGCAGAAGGGGAUGACCCUCGUGUGAUUUAUGCUAAAAAACUCCACCUUUGUGGGUGUCUGAACCUCCCUGUCUUUGAAUUAGAUGGUGGAACUUGCUUGGGUGUUGUUGAGGUGGCGACAACUUCCCAGAAAAUCAACCUCCGGGAUGAAUUCGAAAACAUUUGUAAAGCUCUUGAGGCUGUUGAUCUAAGGAGUUCGGAGUUCUUGAUCCAUCCAAAACAAAAGGUUUUCAGUGAACCAUACGAUGCAGUACUUGCGGAGAUUCAAGAUGUUUUGAGAAGCAUAUGCAAUACUCUCAAUUUACCAUUGGCUCAAACAUGGGGCCCAUAUGAAGGCAGAUCCGGAACCAUUUCCGUGAUCGAAUCCGCUUCGUAUGUGUUCGAUACGGAGAUUUUAGGGUUCUUUGAGGCGACCUCCAGCCAGCAGCUCGUAUCAGGAGAAGGACUGAUUAUCCGAUAA